CUGGCGAUAGGAGAGAGCGAGCCGCGAUUACACCAAGCAUUGACAAGCCUCCAAAAGGCUCUUCCUGCAGGAGACACGCCCACGCCAACGCCACGGCUCCACUCUUCAGAUUUUCCUUUACUUUCUUUUCAAAAUUUUCUUUAUAUCCAAUCAGAACGCCAUCGCUGCCUUUACGCUGCUCUCUUUUAUUUUCCCUAUCUUUCAUGAGAAAUCUCAAGCACUCUCCGGAUCUCUGAUCCCGCGAUUCCCUGUUUGAUUAAGCACUUCGUUUCAUUCUUCAACAACUAAUAAGAUCUUUGCAGGAUACGAGGCGGUUGCUUGCUUCCUAGUUGUUUGCGUUUUCUUUUAGAUAUUUAUAGCUGAAAAGAAGGGGAAAACAAGGAAAAAUAAGAGUAAUUGUUGGACUGGAAAUUGAAUUUUGAACAGUCGACAUGGUUACAAGCAAUAUAUUCCAUUGUAGAAAGAAUUCAUGGCCGCCUGAGGAAUAUAUCAGCCGUCACACCUUACAGUUGUUUGAUUUUGAUAGUGCUGGCCCGCCAAAACAAGCUUGGAGAAGGCGAUUAAACAGUCAUGCUAAUCUUCUUAAAGAAUUCAGUAUUACAUUUAAGGAAGCAAUAAAGAUGGUGCGAUUAGGUAUACGUCUAUGGUCCUAUGUCAGGGAAGAGGCAUCUCAUGGAAGGAAAGCACCUAUUGACCCUUUCACCCGAGAAAGCUGUAAGCCAUCUGCAUCUCAAGGAGUUCCACUGGGAGGAAUGGGGAGUGGGAGUAUAUCCAGGGGUUUCAGAGGCGAGUUCAGGCAAUGGCAAAUUGUUCCCGGAACUUGUGACCCUUCACCUGUUAUGGCUAAUCAAUUUUCUAUAUUUAUAUCUCGUGAUGGUGGGAAUAAGAAGUAUGCGUCAGUUUUGGCUCCUGGACAGCAUGAAGGAUUAGGGAAAGCUAGUGAUGAGGGUAUUUCAUCAUGGGGUUGGAAUCUGAGUGGCCAGCAUUCUACAUACCAUGCUUUGUUUCCUAGAGCAUGGACAAUAUAUGAUGGUGAACCAGAUCCUGACCUAAAAGUGUCCUGUAGACAGAUAUCACCUUUCAUACCACAUAAUUAUAAGGACACUAGUCUUCCAACAGCUGUUUUUGUCUAUACAUUGGUGAAUACUGGAAAAGAAAGGGCAAAAGUCAGCCUACUCUUAACAUGGGUGAAUUCAAUUGGUGGAGUUUCACACUUAUCAGGGGAUCAUGUGAAUGAACCGUUCAUAGGCGAAGAUGGAGUUUCUGGUGUACUUCUUCAUCACAAGACUGGUAAGGGUAACCCUCCUGUUACCUUUGCCAUUGCUGCAUCUGAAACUCAGAAUGUCAAUGUGACAGUCCUACCAUGUUUUGGUCUUGCUGAAGGAAGGUCGGUAACAGCAAGGGAGAUGUGGGGUAAAAUGAUGCAGGAUGGACAGUUUGAUCUUGAAAAUUUCAAUUGCGGCCCAAGCAUGCCUUCUUCACCGGGAGAGACACUUUGUGCUGCUGUCUCAGCCUCUGCCUGGGUGGAACCCCAUGGAAAGUGUACCAUUUCAUUUUCUCUUGCUUGGUCUUCACCAAAAAUAAAAUUUUUAAAAGGGAGCUCAUAUCAUAGGAGAUACACAAAAUUCUAUGGCACUUCUGAAAGAGCAGCCUUGAACUUGGCUCAUGAUGCACUGACAAAUUACAAACGGUGGGAAGAAGAGAUUGAAAAAUGGCAAAGUCCUAUCCUCAAUGAUGAAAGGCUGCCAGAAUGGUACAAAUUUACACUGUUUAACGAGCUCUACUUUUUGGUUGCUGGUGGAACUGUUUGGAUAGAUUCUUCUUUGCCAUCCACAAAUGUGAAAAAUAAUCAAGAUUUACUGACAAAUGUAGAAAGCGUAGAUGUGAAAGUAACUGAAGCUAAAGUGAACCGCAAGUAUAGUACCGUUGUUGAGCAUAGGACUACCAGUGGCUGUAAUGGUUCUACCGGUGUUGGGUUGAAAAAUAAUGGCGACUCGGCUAUUCCUCAGAAUAAAGGAAGCACCAACCACUUAUCACAUCACUUCAAAUGGCAGGAUCAACUAGAUGACAGGGAUGAUGUCGGUAGGUUUCUGUACUUGGAGGGAGUCGAGUAUAUCAUGUGGUGCACUUAUGAUGUACACUUUUAUGCAUCUUUUGCCCUUCUCGAGCUUUUUCCUAAAAUUGAGCUCAACAUUCAACGAGACUUCGCCAAGGCUGUUUUAUCCGAGGAUGGAAGGAAAGUAAAGUUUCUAGCAGAAGGUAACUACGGAAUUCGCAAAGUUAGAGGAGCUGUUCCUCAUGAUCUAGGGACUCAUGAUCCUUGGAAUGAAAUGAAUGCUUAUAAUAUACAUGACACAAGCAAAUGGAAGGAUCUGAAUCCCAAGUUUGUGCUUCAAGUGUAUAGAGAUUUUGCUGCCACAGGGGAUCUGUCAUUCGGAGUCGAUGUUUGGCCCGCUGUUCGUACUGCAAUGGAAUACAUGGAACAAUUUGAUAGAGACGACGAUGGCCUAAUCGAGAAUGAUGGAUUUCCUGAUCAAACUUAUGAUACUUGGACUGUCCAUGGUGUAAGUGCUUACUGUGGUUGCUUAUGGCUUGCGGCGCUCCAAGCUGCCGCUGCAAUGGCCGAGCAGAUAGGUGACAAGUUCUUCGCUGAAACAUGCAAAACCAAAUUCUUUACAGCAAAAUCAGCAUUUGAAAAGAAACUGUGGAAUGGCUCUUAUUUCAACUACGACAGCGGGUCCAGUAGUAACAGUAAGUCGAUACAAGCGGAUCAACUGGCAGGACAAUGGUACACGGCAUCUUCAGGCUUGGCCCCACUUUUUGAUGAGUUCAAAACAAGAAGUGCUCUUCAGAAAAUAUAUGAUUUCAAUGUGAUGAAAGUUAAAGGAGGUCGGAUGGGAGCGGUAAACGGGAUGCAUACCAACGGAAAGGCGGAUGAGACAUGCAUGCAGUCGCGUGAAAUAUGGACCGGUGUAACCUAUGCUGUAGCGGCGAAUAUGAUUCUUGCCGGAAUGGAGAAAGAGGCAUUCACAACUGCUGAAGGCAUUUUCACCGCGGGCUGGUCCGAGGAGGGUUUCGGUUACUGGUUCCAGACUCCAGAAGCAUGGACGAUGGAUGGCCAUUUCCGAUCCCUUAUAUAUAUGAGGCCUCUUGCAAUAUGGGGUAUGCAGUGGGCACUAUCCAUACCUAAAGCAAUCCUCGAGGCCCCUAAAAUAAACAUGAUGGAUAGGAUCCUCAUAUCUCCGGCAUCGUUUUCACUAUCUCUAACCGGGAAUGGAGUUCGAAAGAUUGCUAAGAAAGCGAAGUGCUUCGGCAAUUCGGUAUUGCAGUGUUCAUGCUGAUCGUCAUAUUCAUGUAAAACCCCAACAGAUUAACUUUGUGUUAUACGCUUCCGUUUAACCCAAUUCUCAGCAGAACGCCGAGAAUUCGAGGCUAGGGAAGCUGUUCCGGUAAUUGGGCAGCCAAAAUGUGGCCACCUUCAGAAGAUGGCGGGUGACUCUGAUUAAUGACUUCGCUGCAUAUCGAGAACGAGAUUUUCCAUUAAGGUGUAUCAUUAUUGAACAACCAAAUGUUUACAUUUUGUUUGAUAUGUUCACUGGAUUUGAACAUGUAAAAUAUUAGAUAUUCGU